GGUGUCCGUGAAGGCAGCAUAAUCCAGCCCAGCCGCUGAGUAGCCAUUUUGGUCCCACCUAAAACAGACAGACCCGCUUCACUUUGGGCCGCCGGAGAUGGAAGAAACCGAGCCGACGACGAGUAUUUCAGCUACCUGAAUCUUUUGAAUCACUCCGAGAAUUAUCCAGAGGUGACACUCGACGCCAUGGCACGGUUCUAGACAGAGUGGUUUUGUGGAAGAAAAGCCUGUGGCGAUUUUUGGAAGUGGCGACCGACAGCGCCUUAACGUUAUUAUAGUUAGCUCCAGUGACUCAAACCUAAACGGACAGACGGACACUGAUUUCGUUUCCCUGCCGAGUUUAGCGCAGGCCAUGCACGGUUUGUACACGCCGUGUAAAUGCUGUAAGAGGGAUUGUUAUGCUCUUUAGUGAGGGUUUUUCCUGCCCAUAGCUGUUCAGGUGCUCGACUCUUAACACGUCCGGUCUCGUUUGAAAAUUGUCACGAUCCAUGCUGAGACUGUUUCUCCGGAGGAAGCCGAAAAGCAAAGCAAUAAUUUCAUUCUUCGGCUGUCGGGCUGAAGACUGUGUAUUUUGGACUUAAAACGGCGACUGGCUGAGGAAGAAGGAAUAAAAGAUGUCAACAAAAACUCCUUUACCUACAGUCAACGAGAAGGUGACGGAAAGUCACACCUCUCACAGCAAUGGCCGUCAGGAGAUCAGCACACGCUCAGGCCGGACGGGCGUGCGUCCGGCCCGCAGCUCCGAGGAGCCGCAGCAGCCCCACGUAGGCAACUACCGGCUGCUCAAAACCAUUGGCAAGGGCAACUUUGCCAAGGUCAAACUGGCCCGACACAUGCUCACCGGCAGAGAGGUGGCAAUUAAAAUAAUAGACAAGACACAGCUGAACCCAAACAGCCUUCAGAAGCUCUUCAGAGAAGUUAGAAUAAUGAAGAUCUUGAAUCAUCCCAAUAUAGUCAAGCUUUUUGAAGUUAUUGAGACCGAGAGGACACUCUACCUGGUAAUGGAGUACGCCAGUGGAGGAGAGGUGUUUGACUACCUGGUUGCACACGGAAGAAUGAAGGAAAAAGAGGCCAGAGCUAAAUUUAGACAGAUUGUAUCGGCGGUGCAGUACUGCCACCAGAAGCACAUUGUUCACAGAGACCUCAAGGCUGAGAACCUGCUCCUCGACGCAGACAUGAAUAUCAAGAUCGCAGAUUUCGGCUUCAGCAACGAGUUCACUCUGGGCAACAAGCUGGAUACGUUUUGCGGCUCUCCGCCGUACGCAGCACCGGAGCUUUUCCAGGGAAAGAAGUACGACGGGCCAGAGGUGGACGUUUGGAGUCUGGGGGUGAUACUGUACACGCUGGUCAGCGGCUCGCUGCCCUUUGACGGACAGAAUCUUAAGGAGCUGCGGGAGCGUGUGCUCAGAGGGAAGUACCGCAUCCCUUUCUACAUGUCCACAGACUGCGAGAACCUCCUCAAACGCUUCCUGGUGCUCAACCCGGCCAAGCGGGGUACUCUCGAGGUGAGGGAGGACGCAGAAAAUCAAAUUAUGAAGGAUCGAUGGAUCAAUGCAGGAUUUGAUGAUGACGAGCUCAAACCUUACACUGAACCAGAGCUGGACAUCACAGAUCAGAAGAGAAUAGACGUGAUGGUCGGGAUGGGCUACAACUUGGAGGAAAUCCAGGAGUCUCUGGCCAAGAUGAAGUAUGAUGAGAUCACAGCCACCUACCUGCUCUUGGGCAGGAAGGCCUCUGAGCUGGAGCCCGGCGACUCGGCCUCCAGCAGCAACUUGUCUCUGGCCAAACCGAGGCCAAGCAGUGAGCUCAACGGCCAGUCGCCCUCCCACCUCAAAGUCCAGAGGAGCGUCUCCUCCAACCACAAACAGAGACGUUACAGCGAGCAAGUUGGUCAGAACCUCCCUCCAGGGAUGGCUCAUCCAAAGAGGAGUCAGACAACUACUGCUGAGAACAGCGUGAAAGAGGAAGGUGGAGUCCAGCUCCGUAAACCGAGCAUCCCAGGAACCCGCGGGGCACCACCCUCCAGCCCUCUGCUGGGCAACGCCAACAACCCCAACAAGGCUGACAUUCCUGACCGCAGGAAAGGAGCCACCACGGCCCCGAGCAAUAACACUGCAUCUGCGGGUAUGACCAGGAGGAACACGUAUGUCUGCAGUGACAGAAACAACACAGACCGCCUCUCCGUCAUUCCUAACGGGAAAGAGAACAGCAUGACUGAGAUGGCUUGUGCCACUAGCCCCCCGUCUGCCUUUGCAGCCGCUGCAUUCGGUGCCUCGUCCAGUUCGGUGCGGCUGAGGUAUCAAACUGUCGGCCCUUUGUACGCUUGCCAGGCAGGCUGGGCCACACUGCCCCACUCCUACUACGCUCUGGACUACUGCUCGCCCAACAACGUUGCCGUGUCUCCCGGCAGUCAGAGGAACCCGGUGGCGUCCACCCACAGCGUCGCCAACACCACUACGCCCGACCGUCUCCGCUUCCCCCGAGGCACAGCCAGCCGCAGCACCUUCCACGGUGGCCAGCUGAGAGACCGCCGCACGGCCACGUACAACGGGCCGCCGGCCUCCCCUACUCUCUCCCACGAUGCCACGCCUCUGUCUCAGACCCGGAGCCGUGGAACCAGCAACCUUUUCUCCAAACUCACCUCUAAACUCACCCGCAGAAACAUGUCAUUCAGGUUUACCAAAAGAGUCUCCACCGAGUUUGAGAGAAACGGGAGACUUGAGGGCUCAAGUCGCCAUGUACCUGGGGAUCAAAAAGGGGAAAAUAAAGACAGUAAACCCCGCUCCCUCAGAUUCACUUGGAGUAUGAGGACCACCAGCUCCAUGGAGCCCUGUGAUAUCAUGCGGGAGAUUCGCAAGGUGCUCGACGCCAACAACUGCGACUACGAACAGCAAGAGAGUUUCCUGCUUCUUUGCGUCCAUGGAGACGGGCGAGCUGAAAACCUGGUGCAGUGGGAGAUGGAGGUUUGCAAGCUUCCCCGUCUCUCCCUCAAUGGCGUCAGGUUCAAAAGGAUAUCCGGCUCAUCCAUCGCUUUCAAAAACAUUGCUUCCAAAGUUGCCAAUGAGUUAAAGCUAUGAACAAAAGGGUUUAAAGUAUACAUAUAUAUAUAUAUAUCUAGAAGUAUUUAAGCUGUACAAUCAUCCAAGUAGCAGUUUCCAAAUGUCUCCUUUUUCUAAACAAAACACAGAGUAUGUAUUGAAUAUUAUAAUGUAUAGAUUAAGGCUUUUGGCAAUAAUCACCGAAUUACCUACUAAUAUCUCAGUCUGUUCUGACCGCACAGGGUCGACAUUAAUGAGUUGAAUAUGAUUUGUCAUGCUGUGAAUGUGGACGAAAAAGCAUUUCUGGUCUUAUUUAUUUCACCUUUAUUUUUCUCUCUCCUGGAAAAAGGAAAAUGACGUAGCGUUCUGUUUUCAGUGUAAAUAAUGUAUCUUACUUUGAAGAUGGCUUCUCUGCAAUACUCAUUUUGUUUUGUUUUUUCUU